GGGAGCAGCGACAGCCCUCCCCAGGGACCCAGCGAUGCCGGGGCUGCGCCACGAGACGCGGCGGGGCCGGUGAGCGGGGUGUGCGUGGCGGGGGGCAGCCCCAUGGGGCUUCGUCUGCCCGAGGGGCCGGGCCAGCAUGGAGCCAGCCGGCCCCCUCCCCAACACCUCCGGUAACGGCAGCGGUGCCGGCACCGCCCCGCAUUCGCCUGCAGCCACGGGGCUCAUCCUGCUGGCCGCCCUGGCCGUCCUGCUGGCCACGCUGGUGGGCAACGCGCUGGUGGUGGUGGCUGUCUCCACCAGCCGGGCUCUGCGGGCCCCGCAGAACCUCUUCCUGGUGUCCCUGGCCUCGGCAGAUAUCCUGGUGGCCAUCCUCGUUCUGCCCUUCUCACUGGCUAACGAGGUGAUGGGCUACUGGUAUUUUGGGGGCCUGUGGUGCAGCCUGUACCUGGCGCUGGACGUGCUGCUUUGCACGGCUUCCAUUGGGCACCUCUGCGCCAUCAGCCUCGACCGCUACUGGGCCGUCACCCGGGCGGCCCGGCUGAACCUGCGCCGCAGCCCUGGCCGGGUGAAGGGGAUGAUCGGGGCAGUCUGGGUGGCGGCGGCCGUGGUGGCACUGCCACCGCUACUGCGGGCCCGGCCGGGGGGCCGGGAGUGCCAGCUGAGCCAGGAGACCUGGUACGUGCUGGCUUCCUGCGCCGCCUCCUUCUUCGCCCCUUGCCUCGUCAUGGUCACCGUCUACUGCCGCAUCUACCACCUGACCGCCCGGCGGACGGCGACCCUCCUCGCCGCCCGCGCCCCCCGCCCCGCCGGCACCAGCAAGAAGGGGCCAGGGGUCGGGACGCCGGGCUGGCGGCGCCGGAGCCAGCACCAGAGCGUGUCGCUGUGCCGGCAGCGGCUGGUGCGGGCGCGGGAGCGGCGCUUCACCGUCGUGCUGGCCGUGGUGAUGGGGGCCUUCGUGCUCUGCUGGUUCCCCUUCUUCUUCACCUACAGCCUGGGGGCGGUUUGUGGGGAGGGCUGCCGUGUCUCCAAGCCCCUCUUCAGCUUCUUCUUCUGGAUCGGCUACUGCAACAGCAGCCUCAACCCCCUCAUCUACACCCUCUUCAACCGGGACUUCCGCGCCGCCUUCCGCCAGCUCCUCGCCGUCCCCCGCCGGCACCGCACUUAGAGCCCAGCCAGGACGCUGGGGACGCAGCCCCCGGCCCCGCUCGCCGCCGGCAGCACCCGGCCCCACCACGGACCCUGGACUGCAGCGCCGGUGUGCAUCUCAAGGUACUUUUGGAAAUGCGGGAUUGAAUAAAACGAGGCCAAAGCCUG